UCCAGCUUCUACGUUGGUAAAGGAGCCAUGGAAGGCUCUUUUCCUACCAGUAUUUGAGGUCAUAAGCUUCAAUAGCACAUUCUCGAAGAUUUGAUGCCAACAUCUUGGAGCAGGACUAGGAGCAGGACGGAAAAAAAUGGAUUUAAUUACCCAAGAGGUGGAACCGCUCCAAAAAAUGGCGCCAGCCAAACUCUACAACGAGCUGGUGCCAUUGAAGCUGAGCUACGAGCAGCUGAAGCAAAAUGGACACCAGUGAGCCGCUGCAAAUGGUUUCUACCGCAAAUGCUCAAGAUGCUCAAAAGGCUUCUACCUGAACGGAACCGCCAGUGCCCAAAAAUCUGGCGGACACUAUGUAAACCAUGAGAACGUUGGCAUUUAUUGAAAACUUCAUCAGUUCCGUUCAAUUGCGAUGGGCCAAAGUAUUACAAAACUGAAGAAGAUGCUUGAAGGUCAAGAAGAAUUGCUGAAGCAAAAUAUGAUCUCGAACUAUUCAAUCAUAAAUAUAUGUUCUUUAAUUGAAUCUUGAAUAUAUGUUUUAAUUAUAAAUAAAAUUGAUUAAUGAUAAUGUUUUAUGUUGUUUAUUUUAUUAUUUCAAAAAUAUUCAAUAAAUAAUAAUAGAAUA